AACAUGGAUCGGGCUGGGUUACCAACCAAUCUGACCCAACUUUUAAAAUGUGGAUGAUGCUUGCCGUCUUAGAUAAUUCUUCCUUCCUUUUUCAACUUCAAAUACAAGCCAUCUCUCAUCUCAUCGCUCUUUUCCAAAACCCUAAUUCCUCUUUCCGUUCCAAUCUCGUUUCACAAGAUCGUCUUCGCUGCUUUUCCGUUCAGGAAUUAUGUCUUUUGUGCGGAAUUAUCAAGCAGAAGAUCGUAGUUUACAUAGUGGUUACUGGUCCACCUAUGAUGAAAACAACUUUGGCCGCAACAAUAGGAAAAGAAGUAGAAGCAAUUAUCACACCAGGAGUUUUAAUAUUUACAAUGAUAACCAGACAAAAUUUGGCGACCAUGGUUGUUCCUUCAAUUUUUCCUUGGCCGAUCAUGCCAAUUAUCUUAGAUAUGAUGCUGUUCCGUCAUCUCUGAAAAGGAGGAAAUAUUCAGCCCCUGUGUGGCAAGAAAGCCAUAGAUAUUAUGUUCCACCCAUGGUUCAUGACAAUAUCCCGUCCUCCUGUAAUUUUCAAGCUCCUCCUACAAGAUCCGAUGGUGAUGCCUCCACAUCAGCUGUCUUCAAGCACUGCUUCUCUAUUUUUGAAGAUGAUAAGCCUGUCUUCAUGUCAAGAGAUGAGAUUGAUAGAUACUCUCCAUCUAGGAAAGACGGUAUUGAUGUACAUCAUGAGACACACUUGCGGUACUCCUACUGUGCUUUCCUUCAGAAUCUCGGAAUGCGUCUCGAGCUGCCUCAAACCAUCAUUGGGACAUCUAUGGUUCUGUGCCACCGUUUUUUUGUUCGUCGAUCUCAUGCAUGCCAUGAUAGAUUUUUGAUUGCUACUGCUGCUCUUUUUCUUGCUGCAAAGUCAGAGGAGGCUCCACGCCCUUUGAAUAAUGUAUUGAGAGCGUCCAGUGAAAUUCUAAAUAAACAAAAUUUUGCUUUGUUCUCCUACCGGUUACCUGUUGAUUGGUUUGAACAGUACCGGGAACGGGUGUUCGAGGCUGAACAGUUGAUACUUACCACUCUAAAUUUUGAACUCAAUGUGCAACAUCCAUAUGCAUCUCUCACGUCUGUUCUUAACAAAUUAGGUCUAUCAAAGACUGUUUUGGUGAAUCUGGCAUUAAACUUGGUCAGCGAAGGGAUAUUCACAAGAUUAGCGUGCUGGCCUGUAUGAUAUUCUUAGCUGGCGGAUUGAUAUGCUGUUCAUCAAAAGUUUUGUUUUACAUCUGAAGUUGAACUGCUGAUGUCUAAUGGAUUGCUUUACCUUGAAUAUGUCUCGUCAACUUUUAUUUUGGCUACCCAAGCUAGCCUCAAGAGCCCUACCCCACAACUCAGUUUUUCUGUCUAACCCUCAAUUCCUUGUUGCUUAUGCUGAUUCCCAUCAGCCAAAGGUGCUCUCCAUAAUUUUUAGUAAAUGGGUUGAAAGAAGAUUGUUAAGUGACAUACAAACAAUAUGAAACUAACAAAAAAAGACAGAUACAGAGAAAGGCAAACAAUCUUAUCUUAAACAGUCUUAUCAUCAAAAGUUUUUGUUUUACAUCUGAAGUUGAACCGGUGAUGUCUAAUGGAUUUCUUUUCCUAGAAUAUGUCUCAUCAACUUGUAUUUUUGCUACCCAAGCUAGCCACAAGAGCCCUACCCCACAACUCAGUUUUUCUCUAUAACCCUCAAUACCUUGUAACUUAUGCUGAUUCACAGUAGCCAAAGGGGCUCUCCAUAAUUUUUAGUGACAUGGGUUGAAAGAAGAUAAUUUAAGUGACAUACAAUAUGAAAUUAACAAAAAGAAGACAGAGAGAGAUGCAAACAGUCUUAUGUCAUCAAAAGUUUUGUUUUACAUCUGAAGUUGAACUACUGACGUCUGAUGGAUUGCUUUACCUUGAAUAUGGCUCAUCAACUUUUAUUUUGGCUACCCCACAACUCAUCUUUUCUGUGUAUUCUCAAUACCUUGUAACUUGGCUUGAUUUCCAUUAGCCAAAGGGCAUCUCCAUAAUUUUUAGUAACGAAGGUUGAAAGAAGAUAAUAAAGUGACAUACAAAAUGAAACUAACAAAAAAUAAGAGACAUAAAGAGAUAGAGAGAGGCAAACAGUCUUAGAAAGUGUAAUGAAUUUUUGUUCCGAACAAGUUUUGGUUCAUGGUUAACCAUUGAUCAUAAUGAGGCUUUUCAACUAGAGUCAACUUAUUACAUGGAGGAAAACACGGGUUUUCUUUGCUGCUCUUUUAUUUUUACUAAAGAGGGUUAGAGUGUUUUUGUCUAUUCAUUUUUUCUUAAUUGAAAACAAAGACCUAUUCCUUGGUCUAUAUGUUGAUUUGGGAGAAAACUGUUUCUAGGAUAAAUCUUCUGAUAAAGUUCUCUCUAGAAGUGUUUCCUUGUGGUCAGUUUAAUUGCCAAAUUUUGGGUUUGUUAAAAGUUUCUUAACCUCCCUCUUCUUUCCCACAUUGAGUAUUUUGGUCACUCAAACGUAUUAGUUCAGUCACAUGAUUUUUUCUUUUCCAGGUGUUUAAAUUUGAAUUUGUUCCUUUUCCUACUUAAAAAGAUGUAUACACUCUAUCCAAUAAUUUGUUGAUGUAUCUGAAUAAGAGUUUGACUAUGACAACUACCUAAAAGGUCGUACAUUCUAAAUGAUUGGAUGAUAUUGUUCAAAUUUUUAUAUUGCGAACAUAUAAAAUAUAUGUAAACAUUUGUUCUAAUUUAAAGCUAAUUUGUUUUAUCAAAAGUUCAAAUGUCCUUGUUCAUCUCUUACAGAUCAUUCUUUCAAAUUUUUUGUUUCCUUGUUCGUUGACAUUUAAGUCUGUAAUGGGAAUGAAGUCUUUAAAAUUUAUCUGACUUUCAGUUGAAAUAGUUUACAUAUAAAAUAUAUGUAAACAUUUGUUCUAAUUUAAAGCUAAUUUGUUUUAUCAAAAGUUCAAAUGUCCUUGUUCAUCUCUUACAGAUCAUUCUUUCAAAUUUUUUGUUUCCUUGUUCGUUGACAUUUAAGUCUGUAAUGGGAAUGAAGUCUUUAAAAUUUAUCUGACUUUCAGUUGAAAUAGUUUUUUUUUUUUUUUUUUCAUUUUUCAAACUCAAUUUUUAGCUGACCCCUACCUAGUUGAAUGUGGCUUUAUUGUUGUUUAAGUUAAAAUUGUGAGAAUUCACUUAGUGAUAUUUUUAGUUUUAUGAUAUUCGGGCAGUUAUUCAUGGUUUUUUUUGUGUUCGUCAUGUGUGGUAAACACUUGCCCUUUGUUUAUUGAAGGAGAAAAGGUGGAGAGGAGAGAAAUAGGUGAGAGAUAAAAGAAAAAAGUGUUUAGGAAACUGGAAAUGAGAGAAGAGAGAGAAAUAAGGUGUGAGGUUUACUAUUAUUUUUAUUGUAUUUCUCACGUAUUUAUCUCUUUCCUAUUUUUCUGUACUAGACACAUUCAUUUUACUCAACAACUUCUCGUUUCUGUUCACCUUUGUUGCUGGUGACUUUCUGUGAUUACUUGAUACUAGUUUGUCCUUUGUAUUUGUUGUCUCUCUCCUAGCUAUUUAUCAAAUUGUUUAUGGAAUAUGAUUUUUCUUGAUAUGAUUUUUCUCCGAACAAAAAUAAAAAGAAAAAAGAAAAUCAUACUGAAGAUGUCGCACUUUACUUUUAUUCUUCAUAUAAUUUGGCAUGUAGUGAUCAGCCUCAGUUUUUUUAAAAUGUUAAUAAUUGGGGAGGCUGCUCUUUAUCAUACUUUAAAUAGCUCAUCAUCUUCACAAAAUACGAAUACUAAUGUUACCAGGUGUUAUCGAUUGGUAUGGUCAGCCUGCUAUAUUUCAAUUGAUUUUUGUAAAGAGCUUUUGCUUCCAGUUGAGUUAAAUUGCUCAACUGUUUUCGUGAGUUGAAAACGUUUGUUGAAUGGGUUGGGGUUGUAGACAGUGGCUCUCACUGUAUGCUUCUUGUGUCUGAAGGAAGUUUUGUACUAGUUCUAUGGUGUGGUCCAAGCAGCCCUUCUUACCCUUUCUCCAAUUUGAUUUACAAUUAAUACCUGCAUUGAUAAGAAAGUUAUGCACAACUAGUGUGAAAAUUAUAAUAUACUCCAUCUCCUGUGCUCAGCCAUGGGAGAAGGAAGAUUUGAGAAAAAGAGUUUUUCUUUUUCUCAUACUCCUUUUAUCCCUGUUCCACUAUAAAGGGGUUGUGAUGUGUAGUGGUUUAUGCAGCCUAAAACCCCUUUCCUUACCGUCUCAGGUCACAAUAAUAACCUUCCACUUUCUGCAGCAAAUUGAAGUGUGCUAGAACACGGGACAUUUUUGUACAUAAUCAAACUACGUACUUGCAUUUGUGCGUUAAAUGUAUGCCAACUUUGAUGUGAAAAUACAGUAACUUUUGUACUAAAAUGUCAAUUUGCUGUCUGCUUCAAUUCCCUCUUCGCAGCAUGUUUUUGUUUUAUGUUGUGUAGUGAUUUUUAAACUUCUAAUUUUGCACCUGCAACAUGGACAACAAUUGGAUUUUGUUCUAUAGUUUGUUAAAUAAGUUUGCAUUCAUUGUAAACAUUCCAAUGAGCAUGGUAGCAACAAGGCUCUCCAGGUCAAAAUAUUGAGGAGAUAUGGCAUUAGCUAUGAAAGAUUCAGUUGUUUGUAAUAUGCAGCACAGCACACCAUGCAUACUUUCUCAUUUUAGUUGCAUAAAAUUUCUGGAGCUUAGAGCCCCACGGCAGAGUUGGGCCUGGAAGUCUGAUAAAUUCUCUAGAUGAGUAUAAGAUAUUGCUAUAGUUUGGUUAUACUCUUAUCAGCAAUCCUGCACGGAUUCUUGGAAUUGUAUGCUUCCUGAGUUGCUGCUUUUCUAGUUGGUAAGGAAAAGUUAAUAAAUUUUUGUUUUCCUCUUGGUAUGAAUGUUGAAUAUUAUUUGAAUUAUCUAGUUCAUACUACUGCUCAUUCUAAUAGCUGACAUGAUCUGUCAUGGUGGGAACAUAUGCUAAGUUGGUGCCUCGGAUGGUUAGUUUGACUAUUUAUGUAUUAUCUCUAUUUGCGUUGAACAAUACUGACUGUACUGGUGCCUAUCUUGUAUGGUCUAUUGAAGAUGGGAAUCUUUUUUGCAGGCUUCGGAGUUCUCUGUGGCUUCAAUUUAAACCCCAUCAUAUUGCUGCUGGAGCAGCAUAUCUUGCUGCCAAGUUUUUGAACAUUGAUCUCACUGCUCAUCAGAACAUCUGGCAAGAGUUUCAGACAACACCAACCAUUC